GGGCUCUUCCCACCAGGCCCCGCGGCUCCGUGAGGGACAGACGGCGGCUCUGAAGCUCGGGGGCGGGAGCCAUCCUGUGUGUGGGUGCAGCCCCCUGCUGCGGCUACCGGACCCGGACCCUUCGGGAGCCCUCAAGCCCCUUUGUGGCCCGCGGGACCCAGGCCCACCCUGCCUUCGCUAGAGGAGUCGUCGUCGCCGCCGCCGCCAUCCCUGGCCCGGGCCCCGCCCCGGGGUCUGCCGCUCGACCCACUGCGCAGGGCCGACCGGCGGGGGCGGCCCCGGAGAAGCUUCGCCCUCUUCCCGGACCCCGGCCCGGUGCCCCGUCGACACCAGCCCCUCCCCUCGCCGGCGCCUUCCCAGAUGUGAGCGGGCCCCUGGGCCGCUGUCGCAGCCAGGAAAGGCCUUCCGCAGCCCGGCCCCCGGACUCCCGGCUCAGCCGCCCCCAGCCGUCCCCUCCCCUGGGGGCCGCCUGGCAGGUCUUUCCCUCGUGUCCCCCGCCCCCCCGCCCCAACUCUGGGCGCCCUAUGGUGUGAGCUGCCCCACCCGGCUUUCCCAGGUGAUCGGAGAGUGAGCGGCAGGACCCCCGGCGCCCCUCCCCACCUCCCGCCUCCGGAAGACCCGCCCCCGCCCGGCCAUGGCUGCCGAGACCCUCAACUUCGGGCCCGAGUGGCUGCGGGCGCUGUCGAGCGGGGGGAGCGUGGCAUCCCCCCCGCCGUCGCCCGCCAUGCCCAAGUACAAGCUGGCCGAGUACCGCUACGGGCGGGAGGAGAUGCUGGCACUUUACGUCAAGGAGAACAAGGCCCCGGACGAGAUGCAGGACAAGGAGCUCACUGCCGUGUUGCAGGAGGAACCGCUGCAGCCCCUGGCGUUGGAGCCGCUGACGGAGGAGGAGCAGAGGAACUUCUCCCUGUCCGUGAACAGUGUGGCCGUGCUGAGACUCAUGGGUAAGGGGGCAGGCCCCCCACCGGGCAGCGUCUCCCGCGGGCGGGGCAGCACCAGGAGCCGAGGCCGGGGCCGAGGCGAGGGCGGCUUUUACCAAAGAAGCAUCGAGGAGGGAGACGGGGCUUUCGGUCGCAGCCCCCGAGAGAUCCAGCGCAGCCAGAGCUGGGAUGACCGAGGCGAGAGACGGUUCGAGAAGUCGGCGAGGCGGGAUGGAGCGCGUUCCGGGUUUGAGGACGGGGGACCGGGCCCCCGGAAGGAGCACGCCCGCUCGGACAGCGAGAACUGGCGCUCCCUGCGGGAGGAGCAGGAGGAGGAGGACGAGGGCAGCUGGCGGCUCGGCGGGGGCGCCCGGCGGGAGAGCGACCGCUGGCACUCUUCCAGCCCCGACGGCGGCCCCCGCUCAGCAGGCUGGCGGGAGCACGGAGAGAGGCGGCGCAAGUUUGAGUUUGAGCUGCGGGGAGAGCGGGGCGCGGGCGGCGAGGAGGAGGGCCGGGGCGGGGGCCCCCACCCUCGCAGGCCCCGCGGCCCCGACGGCCCGGACGACGACAAGGACGGGCUUCCCGAGUGGUGCCUGGAGGACGAGGACGAGGAGAUGGGCACCUUCGACUCCUCUGGGGCCUUCUUGCCCCUCAAGAAGGGUCCCAAGGAGCCCAUCCCCGAGGAGCAAGAGCUGGACUUCCAGGGGCUGGAGGAGGCGGAGGAGGAGCAGCAGCAGCGGCGAGCCCCGGGGCCGGAGGGGGACGGGGCCCAGCCAGGUGGGAAGGAGCCCGCCCCCCCCGCACAGCGCGAGGAGAAGGCCCGGCCCCCGUCGCCACCGGCCGCCCCCGCCCCGCUCUGGGGGCCCGACAGGGAAGGGGCCGGAGCCGGCGAGAAGGAAGCUCUGGCAGUUGAAGGCGAUACCGCGGUGGGCGCCCAGCUGGGCCCUGGGGACGGCUCGCCCCCCGCCUCCUCUCCCUCGGCCACUCUCGGGGACACGGAGGACGACGAGGGCAUGAAGCACCUGCAACAGGAGGCGGAGAAGCUGGUGGCGUCCCUGCAGGACAGCUCCCUGGAGGAGGAGCGUUUCACGGCCGCCAUGCAGGGUCAGGGGUCCCGGCUGCCGUCGGCCGCCGCCGCGGCGCUGCCCCUCAGCCACGGAGCAGCCCGGAAGUGGUUCUACAAGGACCCGCAGGGGGAGAUCCAAGGCCCCUUUGCGACGCAGGAGAUGGCGGAGUGGUUCCAGGCCGGCUACUUCUCCAUGGCCCUGCUGGUCAAGCGGGGCUGCGACGAGGGCUUCCAGCCGCUGGGCGAGGUCAUCAAGAUGUGGGGGCGCGUGCCCUUCGCCCCGGGCCCCUCCCCGCCGCCGCUGCUGGGGAACAUGGACCAGGAGCGGCUGAAGAAGCAGCAGGAGCUGGCCGCGGCCGCCCUCUACCAACAGCUGCAGCACCAGCAGUUCCUCCAGCUCAUCCGCUGGGGGGACCAGAGCGGGGGCCCCGAGGGGACGGGGCGCAGGGAGACGGAGCCGGCCGUGUCCCCCCCUCCCCGCCGCAGCCGCCCGUUCCCCCAGUGCGCCCUCCAACAAAAGGCAGCUUCGGGCGACCUGACCCCGCCGCCGCAGCAGCAGCAGCAGCAGCAGCAGCUCACAGUGUUUCUGCAGCAGCUUCAGGCUCUCAAACCCAGAGGCGGGGACCAGAACCUGCUCCCCACGAUGACCCGCUCCAUUUCGGUGCCGGACUCGGGCCCCCUCUGGGACAUUCAUACCUCAGCCUCAUCGCAGUCAGGCGGUGAGGCCAGUCUGUGGGACAUACCAAUUAACUCUUCGACUCAGGGUCCAAUUCUAGAACAACUCCAACUGCAGCAUAAACUCCAGGAGCGGAGGGACGCGGAACUCAGGGCGAAGCGGGAAGAGGAGGAGCGGAAGCGGCGCGAGGAGAAGAGGCGGCAGCAGCAGCAGCAGCAGCAGGAGGAGCAGAAGCGGCGGCAGGAGGAGGAGGAGCUGUAUCGGCGCAAGCAGGUGCGGCAGCAGGAGCUGCUCCUCAAGCUCAUCCAGCAGCAGCAGCAGCAGCAGCAGGCGGGGUCGCCGGCUCCGGGCUCUCCGCCGCUGCCCUGGGCCGGCCUGGCCAAGCCGGGGCUGUCCAUGAAGGCCCUGCUGGAGCUGCAGCUGGACGCCGAGAGGCAACUGCACAAGCAGCAGGGGCACCGGGCCCAGGGCCCCUCCCAGCGGCCGCACGCGGGCCUGUUGCAGUGGGCGGCCGAGGCGGGGCCGCUGUGGGGAGGGCCGGAGAAGGCCGGCGGAGGCCUGGGGCUCUGGGAGGACACGCUCAAGGGCGGCGGCGGCGGCGGCGGCGGCGGCAGCCUGGCCCGCAGCCUCAGCCUCAAGAGCAGCCGCAGCAGCCCCUCCCUCAGCGAGGUGUACGGGCCCUGCGGCCGGCCGGGCCGCAAGAAGACGGACGAGGAGGAGAAGCUGCUGAAGCUGCUGCAGGGAAUCCCCAAGCCCCAGGACAGCUUCACUCAGUGGUGCGAGCAGAUGCUGCACGCGCUCAGCGCCACCGGCAGCCUGGACGUGCCCAUGGUGGUGGCCGUCCUGAAGGAGGUGGAGUCCCCCUACGACGUCCACGACUACAUCCGCUCCUGCCUGGGGGACACGCUGGAAGCCAAAGAGUUCGCCAAACAGUUCCUGGAGCGCCGGGCCAAGCAGAAGGCCAGUCAGCAGCGGCAGCAGGUGGGCCGCCCCCACCGGGCCGGGGCGAGGGAUUCGGGGGGCGGGAACGGAGGGACCCACCCCCCAACCCGGCGUCCCCGUCCCCAGGAGGCCUGGCUGAGCUCGGGGGCCUGCCUGCAGGCGGCUCUGCAGAACAACCACGGCUCCAAGCCGGGGCCCGGGGAGCCCGGCGGGGCCGCCAAGGCCAAGAGGAGAGCGCUGGUCCUGCACGCGGACCCCAGCAUCCUAGGCUACUCGCUGCACGGCUCCCCGGGCGAGAUUGAGACCAUCGACGACUACUGAGCGGCCUCCCCGCCCCCCAGGCGGGGGAGGGGGAGGAGCCGAUCGGAUGCCUGGGACCCGCCCCCCCCACCAUCAU